AUGGGGAAGAAGAUUGAUAUUAAGCAAGAGCUAGAGAGACAACUAGGACCAGAAUAUAUUUCCUUCAGGAAUUGUGGCUACACGGAAGAGCCGUACAUUGAAGGAUGGACUGCCGUGCAGAUGGCAAAUAGAAUAUUCGGGUACAACGGGUGGUCAUCACAGGUUCUAUCCGUGCAGACAGUGGAUGCAGAGGAUCUUCCAGAUAACAGAAGCACAAUAUCAGCUCAAGCACAUAUCAGAAUAACCUUAAAGGAUGGGAUAAUCCGGGAAGACAUUGGCUUUGGGGUUGCAGAGAGAGUGAAUGGAAAGGGAAAGGCAAUUAAGCAGGCAUAUAAAUCUGCAGUGACAGAUGGAAUAAAAAGAGCAUUAAAACAAUUUGGAAGAGCAAUGGGAUCCUGCUGUAAUGACAAGAAUUACAUAAGACAGAUCCGGAAGAUACGAAAGAUAGAUACGCCCAUCAAGGAAAGUGAGUUAAUUCGGCCAGGCUCUAAGCCAUACACAAAGCCAGAAAUAAAUCCAAAAAUAAGUGUGGGAAGAAAAGGGUCUUUUAUAAAGGAAUUGGAGACCACAGAGAACAAAUCGAAUAAAUUUGAGGGAAAGAAGAUCACUGGAGACAAAGCAGCAAAUAAAAGCCUUCUGUCUCUGGAUGACUUACUUUCUGAGUAG